GAACGGAAUAAUGCGACGACUGAUCUGAAAAGGAAUGACGUAAUAGAUAGGUGGGAGAGAUCCACGAAGGCCGCCUCCUCCGUUUGCAAACUCAAACCUCUUUCUCGUCUAUUCUCCGACUAAACUUUUUCUUUUUCUUUUUUUCUUCUUCUUUGUACUCUCCCAAUCACUUCUACUUCUUCUUCUUCUGCUUCGGACUUUUCUUUAUUUCCUUCUUCUUCUUCUUCUUCUUCUUCUGCUAGGGUUUCCUCCGUUAUCGAUCUUCAUUUCCUCAACAAACUAUUUCCAUUGCUGCUUCUUCUACAUGCCUUCAUAGGGUUUUCUAGAUAUCUUCUUUUGUUAGAAGGUUCCUUUCUUAUAUAUAUAUAUAUGAUUGGCCCGGAAAUCUGACUCAACUUCAACGCCACUUUUCUGUCCUUGAGGGUUCUGUUUGGUCGACUUCUUUUUGGGGGAGAUAUACUCAUGGCUUCUUACCGGCCAUAUCCUCCUCAAUCGUCUUUCGGUUCUGCCCCAGCUCAGAACUCCAUUCCACCUCCACCAUCCCAAUCUGCUUCCGCCUCUUCCCAACAGCGAGGAGGAGCUACUACUCAAUAUAAUCAGAACUGGGGUGCUUAUGCCGGCGAUGCCUCUGUGCCUCCUGCUCCUUCUUCAUCCUAUCCCCAAAAUUACAACAACCAACUUCAUCAAACUUCUAAUUACCACCAUCAACAGUAUGGUACUCCCAGAACCCAACACCCUCCACCUCCUCCUCCUCACCAGUCCUAUCCUUAUGCACCUCAACCACCGCCCCCUCCUCCUCCCGAUUCUUCCUAUCCACCGCCUCCACCCCCACCAGCGCCUUCACAACCUCCUAAUCUUUACUAUCCCUCUUCACAGUAUUCCCAGGGUAAUCAAAACCAGCAGUCAAUGCAGCCACCACCUCCGCCCUCAUCUCCACCACCGAGUUCUUCAAUCCCCCCACCUCCACCCCCAAAUUCUCCACCACCUCCAUCAGCUUCUCAGCAAAAAGCAGAGGGUAAAAACAUGGGAGCACACGAACGUGAUAAAGGAGUUUCCAAGGAUCCCUCAUAUGGCAGGCGUGAUCGUGAAAAUUCAAAUCAUGAUAAACACCAGAAGCAUUCUGGUCCCCCAAUGCCUCCCAAGAAAGCAAACGGUCCUUCAGGGAGAAUGGAGACAGAUGAUGAGAAAAAACUGAGGAAGAAGAGAGAGUUCGAAAAACAAAGGCAAGAUGAGAGGCACAGACACCAUCUAAAAGAAUCCCAAAACACUAUACUGCAAAAGACCCAGAUGUUAUCUACUGGGAAGGUGCAUGGAUCAAUUGUAGGAUCCCGAAUGGGGGAAAGGAAGGCCACUCCUUUUCUUAGUGGGGAGAGAAUAGAAAAUAGGUUGAAGAAGCCAACCACAUUUUUGUGCAAGUUGAAAUUCCGCAACGAGCUUCCAGAUACAAGUGCUCAGCCGAAGCUCAUGUCACUACGGAAAGAGAAAGAUCACUAUACAAGAUAUACAAUCACAUCACUAGAGAAAACCUACAAACCUCAGCUUUAUGUUGAGCCAGAUCUUGGAAUUCCUCUCGAUUUGCUUGACCUCAGUGUAUACAACCCUCCUAGUGUUAGAGUGCCCCUUGCUCCUGAAGAUGAGGAAUUAUUACGUGAUGAUGUAUUGAAAACUCCAGUUAAAAAGGAUGGUGGUAUAAAAAGAAAAGAGCGUCCCACUGAUAAAGGUGUUGCCUGGCUUGUUAAGACACAGUACAUCUCUCCUCUCAGCAUUGAAUCCACGAAGCAGUCUUUGACUGAAAAACAGGCAAAAGAACUGCGAGAAAUGAAGGGUGGACGCAAUAUUCUUGAGAACCUCAAUAAUAGGGAAAGACAAAUUAAGGAAAUUGAGGCAUCAUUUGAGGCAUGCAAGUCACGCCCUAUUCACGCCACUAAUAAGAAUUUAUAUCCUGUUGAGGUUUUACCUCUUCUACCUGAUUUUGAUAGGUAUGAUGAUCCAUUUGUUGUGGUAGCGUUUGAUAGCGCUCCCACAGCUGAUUCAGAGACUUUCAAUAAGUUAGACCAAUCCAUUCGUGACGCUCAUGAAUCGCAGGCGAUAAUGAAAAGCUAUAUGGCAACAGGCUCAGAUCCCUCAAAACCUGAAAAAUUUCUUGCGUACAUGGUUCCCUCUCCAGAUGAGCUAUCAAAGGAUAUUUACGAUGAGCAAGAAGAUGUCUCAUAUUCCUGGGUUCGUGAGUACCAUUGGGAUGUACGGGGUGAUAAUGUGGAUGACCCCACUACAUAUCUCGUUUCAUUUGAUGAUUCAGAAGCUCGUUAUGUGCCACUUCCUACAAAGCUUGUUCUUAGAAAAAAAAGGGCUAAAGAAGGGAGAUCCAGUGAUGAGGUUGAACAUUUUCCAGCACCUGCAAGAGUGACCGUAAGGAGAAGACCAACUGUAGCUACUUUGGAAGUGAAGGAUCCUGGGAUUUACUCGAAUUCGAAAAGAGGAUCAGAUAUUGAAGAUGGUAUCGGAAGAUUGCAUAAACAUGAUAGACACCACCAAGACAUGGAUCAAUACAGUGGAGCUGAAGACGAGAUGUCUGAUUGAUUAAUAACAUUUUGGUACAACCAAUUAAUUUGGCUUCCCAUGGAUUAUCUUCCAAAUUCAAACGCAGCUGGGAGUCGGCCCAAUUUUCCCUUUUUUACCACCAGAUGUUGAUGGUGCUUUAUUGAGUGUGAACGUUAAUGAUCUAUUGCUACGCUAACUUUAGCACUUGUUUUCAUUAUUAAAUUUCUUAAUUUAAUCUGUAUAGUUUCUUACCGACACGGCAGGAAAAAUGAAAUCGGAUAGAAGACUCUACAUUAGAUACUCCCUUUUUCCAGAAAAUUUGAUGUAAUGAUCUUAUAAUGAUUCUUUUAUAUGGGUAAACAAUUAUCUCGUGUGAUGCAUGUUACAA